GGCAGGCCUCCUGGCUUUGUUUACUAUGAUACCUGGCCCACAGGGCUUUCCCACUCUGGGCACCUCUAUUUCCUCCUCUGUAAGGUCCUCCUAUCAGCUCAGUGAUACCUGGAACCUGAUACCUCAGUGGACCUGGAACAAAACUACAACAGACACAUGGACAACUAGCCAGAUCAGCGGAGGUUUUUACCAGUUAGAGGAUUCUGGAAGUCACCUGGAUAGAAACACCUAUCACCCCAGACCCUGCUGGGCCAAGGUUGGCCAUCUGUGUUGUACAUCUGCUUGAGCCCACUCCCCAGGAAGGGCUGGGUCCCGCACACAUGAAGAAAACAGUCUACAAGAGCGUGUGCCUGUCCCUGGCCCUGCUUGUGGCCGUAACAGUAUUCCAGCGCAGUCUAACCCCCCACCAGUUUCUGCAAGAGCCCCCACCGCCCACCUGGGAGCCACAGAAGGCCCAGAACCCCAGUGGACACCUGGUGAACCCCAACAGCUUCUGGAAGAACCCCAAGGAUGUGGCUGCACCCACGCCCAUGGCCCCGCGAGGGCCCCAGACUUGGGACGUCAGCACCACUAACUGCUCAGCCAACCUCAACCUGACCCACCAGCCCUGGUUCCAGGGCCUGGAGCCCCAUUUCCGGCAGUUUCUGACCUACCGGCACUGCCGCUACUUCCCCAUGCUGCUGAACCACCCGGAGAAGUGCCGUGGCACUGUCUACCUGCUGGUGGUGGUCAAGUCGGUCAUCACGCAGCACGACCGCCGUGAGGCCAUCCGCCAGACCUGGGGCCUGGAGCAGGAGCUGGGGAGCCGCGGCGCUGUGCGCACCCUCUUCCUGCUGGGCACCGCCUCCAAGCAAGAGGAGCGCGCCCACUACCAGCAGCUGCUGGCCUACGAAGACCGGCUGUACGGCGACAUCCUGCAGUGGGACUUCCUGGACAGCUUCUUCAACCUGACCCUCAAGGAGAUCCACUUCCUCAAGUGGUUUGACAUCUACUGCCCCCAUGUCCAGUUCAUCUUCAAGGGCGACGACGACGUCUUUGUCAACCCCACCAACCUGCUGGAGUUUCUGGCCGACCGGCAGCCGCAGGAGGACCUGUUCGUGGGUGAUGUCCUGCAGCAUGCCCGGCCCAUCCGCAAGAAAGACAACAAGUACUACAUCCCGGGGGUCCUGUACAGCAAGCCCAGCUACCCGCCGUACGCUGGCGGGGGCGGCUUCCUCAUGGCCGGCGGCCUGGCCCGGCGCCUGCACCGCGCCUGCGACACCCUGGAGCUGUACCCCAUCGACGACGUCUUCCUGGGCAUGUGUCUGGAGGUGCUGAGCGUGCAGCCCACGGCCCACGAGGGCUUCAAGACGUUCGGCAUCUCCCGGAACCGCAACAGCCGCAUGAACAAGGAGCCCUGCUUCUUCCGCUCCAUGCUGGUGGUGCACAAGCUGCUGCCCGCCGAGCUGCUGGCCAUGUGGGGGCUGGUGCACGGCAACCUCACCUGCGCCCGCAAGCUGCAGGUGCUCUGACAGCGGCCAGACCCCCGGAGGGGCGGGGCCGCGCGUUCUUGAGCGCCCCCCGGCGGCCUGGGGCUGGAGCUGCAAUGUCCGGGGCAGAGAUCGUGGUUCCCUGCCCCCCAACCCCCGCAGGGAGGUGGGGUGGGGGGGCAUGGGGCUUUGCGGGCCCCUGGGCGUGAUGGGGCGUGGUGAGCCAGAAGGGGGCCCUCAUUGCGUGGACCUUACCCAGAAAGUGGUCCUUCCCCGCCUGCGGAAGAUCAUCUUGGGAGCAAGGCCGGUGGCCUCUGGUAGCACUCCUAACCUGGGUUCUCUGCUGGGCUCCCUGUGACCUGGGGGGAGGCCCUGGUGACCUCUGAAGGAACCCCGUGCUCAGGUACCCGGGUUAGGCCUGGCCCUGGAGAUUCUCCACCUCCCGUGAAAUGCCUCAGUCUCCCCCACAGGCCCAGGCAGCCCUUUCAGGAGAAGCUCAACCCUGUGCAGGCUCACAGGCCCCUCCGCUGCCCCCCCUCCUGCAGCCCAUGCCCCUGGGCCUCUAGGAGAUGGAAGCUCGCAAGGCCUUCAGCAACACCCCCCCCCCCCCCCCCCCCCCCCCCCCGCCCACCACAAGACCUGCCUGGAGUUGUUGCUUGGUUUGCUCCCGGCUGUGUCCUGUGAUGCUCCAUCCACCCCAUCUGGAAGUGCGGCUGGCCGCCCUGACUACCUCAGCAAUGCUCGGAACCUCCGGAUGGGCUGCAGCGCCCCCUCCCCAACCCAGGGCCAGAGAGCAGUGCUCCAGCCCCUGCAGUCCUGGUGCUGCCCAGCCCUCCGAGGGACGGUGCGGUGCCCCCCGAGGCCUGGCUCCCCACCCAGAAACCAGCCGGUUUGGCCCUGGAGAUGGACAUUCCUCUAUUACUGUGAAGUCUUAUUUAUGAAGAAUUUGGAGGGAGAGAGUGCCAGGCCUCGGGAGAUGGUGGUGUUCCUCCUCUCCCUUCCUCAUUCCAGCAAGAUACCACCUCCGCGGCCACUCACCCCCCACCCAGGGCACCCCCACGCCUGUUCCAGUCCCCCUCCGGAACCCUGCCCUCCCUGCCUGCCUACUUCUCCAGGGCCUGAGCAGACCAACAUGGGCCCCCAUAAAGGGAUGGAGUGAACCCUCAGGCGUCCUUGGGCAUGGGCGCAAAAGGACGCCCCCUCACAUCAGUGGGGAGGCACCGAGGAAGAGAUUAAGGGAUCGACUCUACUUUCUCAAUAAAAGAGGGCUGGUUUUUUUCUGGUGUGCGACUUUCUGUCACCAUCUCCAUCAGAGAGAGUCUGGGGCCGGGGUUACCAGAGAUUUCUGAAGACACAGCUUGUUCCUUGCUUUUGGCCGGUGGGUGCACAAGGACACCUUGAAGGGCUUUAGAGGGUUGUGGGUGCCAGGAUUAAAGCAGACACCACAGGGGCCAGAGUCUGGAGAGCUGCCCCCCAGAGGAGGCGGUGUGGGGGAGAAACAGGGCAGCUAACGGUGCAUUCCCGGGGAGCCUGAUGUUAUAGUGGGUGGGGGUGGGUUCCCUGAUGUCCCUUCAGUCAACCUGGAAGCGUUGACAAGCUUGACAAGAAGCACCGAAACAGCAGCUCAGUGGGGUCCAGGGCUGGGAGUCAAAGGGGACUGCUAUGUCUGGGGAGCCUUGGCCUAAGUUGCUCACUUCCAGUGUGGGGAGAACAGCUAUCCCAGAAGAGUCACUGGGGCCAGAGUGAGCAAGCCGGCAGCUCCCCGCCUGUGCCCAGCUCGAGGCAUCACGGAGUAGGGCAGAUGCCCCCAGAUGUCUACACUGGGUCUCUCCUUCAGAGAAGUGAAAGGAAGGGCUGGGUCCUCAUAUAAUCUUAGAGGGCAGAAGGGGGCCUGAGACUAAAUGGCAGGGGGUCCAGGGUCAGUG